AUGAGUUCUGCAAACUGGAGGAACAUGAGUGAGCAAGACUGCUUUGCGGUUCUGGACUCUGAGUUUGAUCAUUACCUGGUGGACAUGAAGUCAUAUGUGCUUAAACUGACCGACAAGACAGAGCACCAGCGAUGUGCACUGUGGAUUAAAAAGUUGUGUGAUUCUGAGACCUGUGACUCUGGACUGACUGGAAGGAAAAAUCGUAACAUGUACACCCGACUCCUUCUGCACAUGCUCAGAAAAGCAGUUUUAGAGGGUCCAUUUACCCACAAACCUGAAGCAGGCGGCCUCAAGACUUUACCCACAUACAUGUCCAUCUAUUUCGGUGAGCCGUUGCUGGGAAGGUCACAGGAGCAGAGAUCUGCUGUGCUGCCAGACUGGGUGUCUGGGGAGUUGGGUCAGACUGAUGGCUCAUGGUCCACCUUGCCCCUCUCAAACACACACAGGAAGAGGAGUUUGUUCAGCGAUAAGUCACCAACCAGACCGCUGUCCUCAAGUCCCGUCAAACGCGACAUCAAGGAUGAUGUCAAGAUGGCGGAGGCACACAGGAGGCCGCCCAUCUCCUCUGACGAUAGUGACUUUGAGGCUCGCUUCAACAGCUGGAAGCUGUUUUACCUGGGGAUAGAAAACCCCAGAUAUCUGCGUGAGAACCCUAUCCCUCUGUCCCCAAUUUACAACAAAUCAAGUCUUGGAAACAGCAUCCUUUGUGAUGAGGCCACCCCAGUGAAAGCUGAUAAGGAGAUUGAGUUGAGAACUAAAGUCUUGGAGGCCAAACAUCAAGAGGAUACAGUGAGGAUGCAGCAGAAACAUGAUGCCGAGAUUCAGAAGAUUUUGGACUGCAAUAAUGGCGAGAUUGACGAACUAAAGAGCAUGUACCGUGGGAAGCAGAAGGAGGCGGAUGAGACGAUUCGGAAGCUGGAGAAGAGAGUUCAAAGCCUGCUGCGAGAGUCCCAGGUCAUCCGACAGACCAAAGAGAAACAGAUCAGCGAGCUGAAGAAAAUGUCUGAUCAAAGUGCUGAAUCUCUGAAAAACGAAUGGGAGAAGAAGUUGCAGUUGGAACAAGAAAAGUUUGAGCUGCAGAAGAAGCACACAGACAACAUCCAGGAGCUGCUGGAAGCCACCAACCAACGACUCGCCAAGAUGGAGGCUGAGUACAGCAGCCAGACACAGGGUCACUCACGCUCUGGUGCUAUCCUGAUUUCUCAAAAAAGCUCUUCAAAGCUACGUGGAGUCACAUCGUUCAUAUCUUCUGGACGGAAGCAGAUGUUGCAUGAGCUGGAGACACGGGUGAAGCAGCUCUCGGUGGAGGUGGAGAACGGGAACCUGCUCCGGCAGAAGGUCACUCAGGAGAAAGCUGAGUUAGAGAUUCAUAUCGCCUCCAUCAGCGCUGAGCUUCAAGAGGCCAACCACAGGAGCAUAUCCCUGCAGAGGGAGAUGGAGCAGAUGAGAGACCAGCAUGAAGACACGCUGCAGAAACUUCAGGCUAGACAUAAUGCUGACAUGAGCCACUUCCAGCAGGAGCAUGCCCUCUCUGCAGCCAAGGCAUCAGAGGGGAUUGAAGAUUUGGAACAGACUGGGAUUCACCUCAAACAGCCGAUACAGGAAGCUGAAAACAGGAGACAGAAACAGCUCAGGCACCAAGAGAAGUAGAUGCAGCAAGAGAUUACAGACAUGCAAAACAUCACUGACAAAAAGGUAAUUCAUAUGCUUCAGGCCGAGCUGGAAAAGGAACGAACCAACAGCAAGAGGAAGAUGAGCAAGAUGGAGGACUCACUCAGGGAUAAAGAGGAGCAGCUGGUUCAUCUUCGGGACAGUCAGAGACAUCAGGCCCAGCAGGCUGAGAGCACACUGGAGAGCUUUAAGAAGCAGGUGGAGCUGAACUCAGAGAUGACCUACGCUGACAUGAAGCAACAGAUGGAGAAAGUAGAGGCUGAUCUGAUUCACUCUAAAUCUCUCCGAGAGAAACAGUCUAAAGAGUUCAGUUACCAGCUGGAGGAGCUGCAGCGAAGAUAUGUGCAGCAGAUUGUGGAACUGAAACUGCAGCAUGAACAGGAGCGGACGCACCUACUCCAGACACACAAUGCUGAGAAGGACAGCCUGGUCCAGGACCACCAGCGGGAAAUCGAUAGUUUGGACAAGCAGGCGAGGGCCGCCAUGAUCCAGCAGCAAAUGCAAACCCAGGAAUGGAGGAAGCGCGAUGCUCAGACUAUCUCUGAUUUGGAGGCCCAGGUGCAUUCUCUGAGGAAGGAUCUGUUGGCAGCCCACAGUCAGAGGAAACAGAAGCUGAUGGAGUUGGGUGUGCUGCGGGAGGAGGAGCAACAGCGGGCCGCUCAGGACCAGCAAGCAGCUCUGGACCGGCUGCGGGCCGAGAUGGAUCAGGUGCAGCAGGACCUGGAAAGAACCCACAAGGCUGAAAAAGAGCUGGCCCAAGAGAAGGUUGAAGCUUCUUACAUAUACAUAUACAUUACAUAUAAUCAGAAGCUGGCCAAGUCUGCACAGGUGAUAGCUGAGCUGCAGACGUCUCUGAGCAGCGUCAAGGAAGACAGCCGCCAGACGCAGCAGAGUCUAGAGAGACAACAACAGGAAGCGCAGAGCCGCUGGGAACAGCUCAACAGAGAUGCUGACCAAACCAGCAAGGUUCUUCAGGAACGUGUGGAGAGUCUACAGAGACAGCUGCAUGCCGUUGAGAAGAAGUUGAUGAGCCACGAGUUGGAAUACCAGGAGCAGAUCACACCCGUCCGUCAGGAGAGUGAGUCGAAGAUCAAAGGCCUGAUUCCCGCAGAGCUGCAGCAGGAGCUGGAGGACACCAUCACCUCGCUUAAGUCACAGGUCAGCCUCCUGCAGAAGAGAGCGUCAGUCUUACAGGAGCAGUUAGAUGCUAGCCUCAUCAGGAGGUGAGGACCUG